AUGGGGACGGAGCCCACAGAGCAGGCUUCCUGGGGCCCCUACUCCGGAGAGGAGGAUGAAGCCUACUCCGCCGAGCCACUGCCGGAACUCUGCUACAAGGCCGACGUCCAGGCCUUCAGUCGGGCCUUCCAGCCCAGCGUCUCCCUGACCGUGGCUGCGCUGGGUCUGGCUGGCAACGGCCUGGUCCUGGCCACCCACCUGGCGGCCCGACGUACCACCCGCUCGCCCACCUCCGCCCACCUGCUGCAGCUGGCCCUGGCCGACCUCCUGCUGGCCUUGACCCUGCCCUUCGCCGCGGUGGGGGUUCUUCAGGGCUGGAAUCUCGGAAGUACGACCUGCCGCGCCAUCUCCGGCCUCUACUCGGCCUCCUUCCACGCCGGCUUCCUCUUCCUGGCCUGCAUCAGCGCGGACCGCUACGUGGCCAUCGCGAGGGCGCUUCCAGCUGGGCCGCGGCCCUCCGCGCCGGGCCGUGCGCACUUGGUCACAGUCAUCGUGUGGCUGCUGGCGCUUCUCCUGGCGCUGCCCUCGCUCCUCUUCAGCCGCGACGGGCAGCGGGAAGGCCAGCGGCGCUGUCGCCUCAUCUUCCCCGAGGGCCUCGCGCAGACAGUGAAGGGGGCCAGCGCCGUGGCGCAGGUGGCCCUGGGCUUCGCGCUGCCGCUGGGCGUCAUGGCGGCCUGCUACGCGCUCCUGGGCCGCACGCUGCUGGCCGCCAGGGGGCCCGAGCGCCGGCGCGCGCUGCGCGUCGUGGUGGCCCUGGUGGCCGCCUUCGUGGUGCUGCAGCUGCCCUAUAGCCUCGCCCUGUUGCUGGACACCGCCGAUUUCCUGGCCGCGCGUGAGCGGAGCUGCCCUGCCAGCAAGCGCAAGGAUCUGGCGCUGCUGGUCACCGGCGGCUUGGCCUUGGCCCGCUGCGGCCUCAAUCCCGUGCUCUACGCCUUUCUGGGCCUGCGUUUCCGCCAGGACCUGCGGAGGUUGCUGCGCGGGGGCUGCGGCCCAGGGCCUCGUGCCCGCAGCCGCUGCCCCCGCCGGCCCCGCCUUUCUUCCUGCUCUGCCCCCACCGAGACCCACACAGUCUCUUGGGACCACUAG